GCCACCGUAUUUUUAUACAUGAUGUCUACGGUGAUCCAUUCAUCGGGUGUAGAAGUACGUCUCGUGGACUCAUCCAGGGCGAGGGAGCGGCUCUUUGCGGUCAGGCGCAUUGUGGAGGGUGAGGCCGUCCUGACGGAGCUUCCCGUGACCUCCUGCCAGCUGGCCUGGAAUCGAGCGUGCAAGUAUGCGGCCUGCGACCUCUGCAUGCGGCCCCUGGAGACGGCUGAGGCAAAUGCACAGCGCCUGGCAGCCAAGCCUCAGCUUAGGUUGCUGCAGCCAGGUUGUUGCACAACACGUGUCCAAGAACACACUGCCUGCCCCGGAUGCCAGGCAGCAUACUGCAGUGAGGUGUGUCGCUCCAAGGCCUGGCAACUGCACCACCAGGUGCUCUGUGCAGUGAGCAAUGAGCCCAGCCGCCCACUCCACAACCUGCUGGAAGCCUGGAAGACCAUGCACUACCCUCCAGAGACCACCACCGUAGAGCUGGCAGUCAGGAUCAUGGCUGGCUUUGUCCAAUCUGAAGACAAGGUUAAAGCAUUGACUGUGCUCGAACGCUUUGCCUCGGGCUGCACCGCUGAGGAGCAAGGCAGCAUCCUGUCCAGACUGUUGGGUGACAAGUGGGUCGAGCGGCUGAGGACGCUGCGUGACCUGACAGCUGCUGUCUUCCAUGGCCACCCCUGUGUCGCUUCGUGGCUAACAGAUGAAGGCUUCCGAUCUCUGAUGGCAUUGGUGGCAAAGAGCGGCCAGAUCAUCGGCACCAGUGCACUGAGUGUCUGGGUGAAAAACUGCAAUGACCUUGACCUCCCUGAUGCGGAGCGGGGUUCCUUGGAUAUACUCAUUGACCAGGUUUAUGAGGAUAUUGAGAAAGAGUCUGGUGCAUUCCUGAACAACGAAGGUAUCGGGCUCUUCCCUCUUCAAAGCCUGUGCUCCCACAGCUGUAUUCCGAAUGCUGAGUCAUCGUUCCCCCAAAACAACCAUGUCCUUAGCUUGGUGGCUCUUCGUGACAUCCAACCAGGAGAGGAGAUCACUGUUUCCUAUCUGGAUGAAUGCAGCUUGAAUAGAAGCUGUCACAGUCGAGCCAAGCUGCUCAGAGAAAACCACUUGCUCACGUGCUGCUGCAAGAGGUGUCGGGAAGAAGCUGAUCAACCAGAUGUGACAAGCGAUGAAGAAAUGGAGGAUGAGAGUGAUGAAGACAAUCGCACCUGAGGGAUGACCACAGACAUUCUUGGGGCACUGUCUAGUGUAUAGAAUAUAAUACUUGUAUACGUAUGUGUUCGUUGUGGUCUUGCGUUGCAAAUAAUUCCUGCUCAUCAUUUUCGCUUGCAAUAGUUGGUUUC